AUCCUUCUUUAGCCCAUCCCCCUUAUUUAACCCAUUUUCCCCAUUUCAUUCCUCAUCAACUCUCUAUCACCUAUCUUAAAUGUUUCUAGUACCAUGGCUGCUGAGCUUGGCCUUCUCUCAUUGAACCAACUUCAAAAGUUAGCUCAAUCUCAACAAAACCAGAUUCAACAUCAGCCCAAUCCUAGCUUAGCGGCUGCCUCGUGGAUGUGGAACCCUAAGGCCCAGCCACAGGAAGACGAUGAUUCGUGGGAGGUUAGGGCCUUUGCCGAGGAUACGGGCAACAUCAUGGGCACAACUUGGCCGCCGAGGUCUUACACUUGCACUUUUUGCAGAAGGGAAUUCCGGUCAGCUCAAGCCCUUGGGGGUCACAUGAAUGUGCACCGCCGUGACAGGGCUAGGCUUCACCAAACGCAGCCCAGCGGUGCAAUCAAUCCAACCUCAUCUUCUUCUACUACUUCCUCAUCUACCCUCUUAAUCCCGACUCAAGAAUUCGGCACAAAUGGAGGCUUGUGCCUCCUCUACCAAUUACCUAACCCUAACGGGGUUUUCACUUCUCCGCCUAUGAAUGCAUGCUCUAACGAUUCACCUUCGACUCUUCUCUCUAUUUCACCGUAUCCCUCUAACAACUUGAUGGAAGCGCCAUCUCUAAAUUUUCCGGUAACGCCUCAAGGGCUCAACAAUUCUUCUUCCCUCUGUUACUCAAGCAAAGCUGAACCUUCAACACAGACGUCGGCGGAUAAUUGUAUCAAUAACAUUGGCAACAGCAGCAGCAACAACUGCAAGGAAACAUCCAUUGAAGAGCUUGAUCUAGAGCUUCGACUAGGGCAUAGACCAACAACAUCCUAAAAUGGGAAAAGUACAAGAAAAAUCAAAGAGAGUGAGUGUGCAAUUAUCUUUACAUAUAUAUAUAUAUAUAUUUAUAUAUGCCAGUUUGAGGAAGAGUGCCAAUGAAUUCUUUAGAUAGUCUAGUUUUGAUUAACUUGGUGUGAGAUUUUUUUGUUUUUUCAAUGC